AUGGCUGACCCCUACUCCAAUUUUUUCUCAUCCUCGCCCUUCUUCCGUUUCAAUCACCAUUUCCCAUCUUCAAACCCUUCUCCACACGCUCCCUAUGUUCACCACAGUAACUUCAUCAACCACUCAAAAACCAACGACGCCACCUUUUUCCACUACCACCACCACAACCAUACUUCUACUACUACUACUACUUUUUCUUCUUUUCCACCUUCCCCUCCUUUGAGAGAAGAGCUACCCCUCUUGAGGUUGAGUCCGCCGAAGCAAGAGGAGGAGGAGGAGGACCUUUCUUGCAUGGAUGUGGAGGAGAGGAUCCACAUCCACCCCAAAGAGGAAGAGGAUGAUGAAGAUGGGACUGUCACUGUUGCACUCCACAUAGGGUUGCCAAGCCCUAGUGCUGCUGAGAUGGCUUCUGUGCUCUCUUCUUCCUCAGAGACCACUGACAAAGAUCAUGGAGAUGGUGCUGCCGAGGAUUCUUCUGCUGGCUUCAGACUCAACAAGGGCCAGUACUGGAUCCCUACCCCUUCUCAGAUUCUCAUUGGCCCUACUCAGUUCUCUUGCCCUGUUUGCUGCAAAACUUUCAACAGAUACAACAACAUGCAGAUGCAUAUGUGGGGGCAUGGAUCACAGUACAGAAAAGGACCUGAAUCUCUAAGGGGUACCCAACCGACGGGCAUGCUGAGGCUUCCUUGCUACUGUUGUGCCCCAGGGUGCAGAAACAAUAUUGAUCACCCAAGAGCAAAGCCUCUCAAAGACUUUAGAACACUUCAAACGCAUUACAAGAGGAAGCAUGGGAUUAAGCCCUUCAUGUGCAGGAAAUGCGGCAAGGCUUUUGCAGUGAGGGGAGAUUGGAGGACUCAUGAGAAGAACUGUGGCAAGCUUUGGUACUGCAUCUGCGGCUCCGAUUUCAAGCACAAGAGAUCUCUUAAAGACCAUAUUAAAGCUUUUGGGAGUGGCCAUGCAGCUUAUGGAAUCGAUGGUUUCGAAGAAGAAGAUGAGCCAGCAUCUGAGGUAGAACAAGAUAAUGAUGAUUCCACCCAGUGA